AGUCCUGGAGAGCCUUUUAGUAUGCCUGACAACCACGCUUGUGAUAUUUGUCGCUUCGAUGGUUCUUGGGGAAUGCCGUCCGCUCUCUUCCGCUGACCACGGAGACAACAGCUCCUCUUUCAGCCUGCAGGAUUCUUCAUCGGAGGAGGUGAAUUCAAGCAUCAAGACAUUCUUCUGUCACAAUAAUACUUACAAUGACAUGGCAACCCUGUUCUUCAACCCUCAAGAGUCGGCCAUCUUACAACUGUUUCACCAGGAGGGUACCUUCAGCCCUGUCACCCUCUCUCUCUUUUUCCUCCUCUACUUCUUGCUAUCCUGCUGGACUUACGGGAUUUCUGUGCCGAGUGGUCUUUUUGUCCCAUCGCUGCUCUGCGGGGCCUCUUACGGACGCCUGGUGGCCAACCUGCUGGAAAGCUACAUUGGCCUGGAUCACGUCUACUCUGGCACCUUUGCGUUGAUCGGAGCGGCUGCCUUCCUGGGCGGGGUAGUCCGCAUGACCAUCAGCCUCACCGUUAUCCUGAUCGAGUCCACCAACGAGAUCACGUACGGGCUGCCCAUCAUGAUCACCCUGAUG